AAGAAAAAGAAACCAAUGGCAUUGACCCUCAUUUCAUUGGUUUGCUGUGUCUGUCAGCUAACUUAACACUACUUUAAUCGCGAAUUUUUCCGUGUAUGUGCCCCAUGAUCAGUAGACAAUGUCUACCCGGGCUCUGCGAAGGCUCAAAGGGAAGCAGCGGGGUCAGGAGGCCUUGGACCUGGGAGAUGUAACUUUAGGUGACCAGCCGGAGGAGCAGUCUGCGGGUGAAGAGGAGCAGCUGGAGGCGGCUAAUGUUUCUCACCCGUCUAAUAGCAAAGCCAGCAACCGAAAGGCAAAGAAAAACAAGGCUCAGAAAAACGUCAGCAACAUUUAUGAAUUGAUAGGUGAUGCUGACAACGAGACAGAGAAAGUCUCACCUGAUGAAGAGGCAGAGAAACCAGGUGGAAAGAAAACAAGUGGCACUGAAAAUAAUGAUAACAGAGACACAGAGAAACCAGAUCAACAGAAAGAGAAAACAUCUACCCAGUCUUUGUCUGGAGACAGAGUUAAGAAGAAGAAGAAAAAGAAGAAGACCAAAGUGACGUCAGAAGAUGGACAGGAUGCUGUACCAGAUGACAACAUUGAUUUAUUGCUGAGGAACCUGGAGCAGUCCAAUGGUCUGAGUUUGCAAAAUGAGGAUUGUGGAGGCUCCGACAGAAGAGCUGUGCUACAUGUGGAGCACAGGAACCUCAACCCAGAGACGGAGCUCAAGAGAUAUUUUGGUGCUCGAGCUGUUCAGGGGGAUCAAAGACCCAGACAGAGAAACAGACAGUUUCACCGUAGCACCUGGAUGACCAAUCCUAAGGACAGCUGGCCUCGCUUCAGCCGCCCAGGAAUCUCAAUGACAUUACUGCAGUCAAAGGAUGGCAUCCAGUACUUCACAUUUGAGCACAGUCGGGACUACCAGCAAGUACAGUUCAAGUUCCUGGAUGCUGUGGAGUCCAUGGAUCCCAACAACAUUGUGGCAUUGCUGCAGCUUAACCCCUACCACAUUGAUUCGUUGCUGCAGCUCUCUGAUGUCUGCCGCAUACAGGAGGAUCAGGAGAUGGCCAGGGACCUCAUUGAGAGGGCCUUGUACAGCUUUGAGUGCGCCUUUCACCCUUUAUUCAGUCUGACCUCAGGAAACAGCAGACUUGAUUAUCUGCGGCCCGAAAACAGGGCAUUUUAUCUGGCUCUUUAUAAGCACAUGAUGUUUCUGGAAAAGAGAGGAUGCCCACGGACCGCAUUGGAGUACUGCAAACUGAUCCUGAGUUUGGAUCCAGACUCCGACCCCCUUUGCAUGCUCCUGCUCAUUGAUUUCCUGACACUACGCUGCAGAGAGUACCAGGGUCUCCUCCAGUUACAUCAGGACUGGGAGGAGCACAGAAAUCUGUCCCAGCUGCCAAACUUUGCAUUCUCCACUGCACUUUGCCAUUUCCAUCUCAGUCAGCAGGAAGAUGUGGAUCCGGAAGAAAGUGACAAACAAAGACACAAAGCUGACCUGCUGCUACAGAAUGCUCUCAUCAUGUUCCCCGGAGUGUUGAUUCCUCUACUGGAUCUGUGUACUGUGCAGCCUGAUGCCACAGUCACCUCACAUGCCUUCUUCGGUCCAAAGAGCCAGAUAGGGCAGCCACCAGCCCUGGCUGAACUGACGGCUCUGUAUGUGGGGAGGACUCACAGCCUGUGGAGGGAGGCAGCAGUGAUGCUGUGGUUGGAAGAGUCUGUGAAAGAGGUGCUGCGUCGUGUUGAUGCCAAAGACACACUAGUGGAGGACUGCCAAAAUAAGAGAAAGCAGAGGUACCAGAGUGCACCGAGGAACAUCCAUCGUCAUGUCCUCCUCUCUGAGAUCAAAGAAGCCACCUCAAGUCUGCCUCUUGAGGUGACCAGUCAGCCUGUGAUGGGCUUUGACCCUCUGCCUCCACUGGACUCAGUGAUGUCAUACACCCGACCAGAGAGGCAGCACGUCGGUGCAACCAAUGAGAGUACAUUGUCGCUAUUUUUCCGAUCUUUGCUGCCAAACUUCAACCUUCAGGGCGGUGGACCGAGGCAGGAGGAUGACAUGGAAGUGGCUCGAGCCGGUCAGGAGCUGAACCAGGAAGUGAAUCGUCUCAUGGUGGCAAUGAGGGACAUGCUGGCAAACAUCAGGUUUCAAGAGCCACCGAGAGAGGACAACCCGUACAGAGACGAGGAGGAGUGGGACUGAGAGAGGAGGGAGACAGAGGUGGAGAAAAAAUAACAUUAAGGAAAAAAUAAAUAUUUAAUUGUGUUUAUAAUGAUUAAAAGGAGAUGGUAUGGGACAGUUAAAUAGUAUGUUUUUUUUAAUUGUCACAAUUUCAGAGUUCUUAAAGAGAAACAAGUCCUAAAUUUAAAAAAAAUCCAAUAUGUCAUUUCCAUGGCGUAGUUCAAUCAACAAUCAGCUACUCUCUCAAAGCCAGAAACCAUAGAAUAACUCUCAAACUUGUCAUGUCUAAGAGAUUUAUUUUGUACAAAAACAUUUGUUGUUUCUUUUUGAUCUUUUUACCAUUUAGUGUUCUCAGCUCAUAAUAGGAAAUGCCUCCAUAUACUCACAAUAUUCCCCCUCUAUAUCAUCUUUCCCAGUUCUAAAUGACGGUGUGGUUUUUGGAUUUGUGAGAUUUGUUCGUGUUUGCUAAGAUUUUAUUAACUUCUUCGCUUAACUAAGAUUUUUUAAACUGACAAAGUUCCCCCUUUAACCAAAAGGAAGGGGUGACUUGGUAUUACAAGCCUUUUCAUUAUGAACAUGGGGGGAUUUUUCUCACUAUCUCCCGGCGCUGACAAUGAAGAGCAAUAACACAUAAUGGGAACUACUCUUCUUUCUCUGGAUUCUGGCCUUCAGAGAGUUUUUUUCCUGUUUACGAACAGUGGACUAAUUUAUGAAAUAAGAACAAAGAUUUCCUCGUUAUUGUGUUGUCUAAAUCAAACAUUUAGCUUGGCAGCACUUUAAACAGUGUUUUUUGGGGGUCGCCACAGAAUCGGAAAGAAGAUUUUUAUUCUCAUUGAUUUUGGACCACAGCUCUUCUAACACAAAACACAUAAUUGAGAAAUCAGUUCAACACAUUCAAGUCCAUAUAAAAUUUCAAUAAAAUACAUGCAGAGAUGAAAGUUGAAGGCUUUUUUAAUUAUGUUGAAUACACUUUUUGCAUUACUUGCAUGUGGAAAUAUUUAAAUUAUGAGCUGGAAAAUAAUUUGUUCAAUCGGUUGCAAAUGGAACAUUAACCUAUUUUGUUCUGUGUAUUAGGAAUAGCACAUAUUCAGAAAGUCAUACCCUUCCCUUCAGAUGUUUAAACAUUUUUAUUUAAGAAAAACUUUUUGAACCCCACCAAAAUAGUUUGGUGAAGUUACGUUCAAUAUUUGAAAGGGAACCUGUACCAUAAUCAUCUUAUAGAGAUUUUACUCUGAUGUAAAAAAAAAACAAAAAAAAAAGAAAAAGUUCAGUAAAACAAAUCAAAUAAAAGCCGCUAUAUGUGAAGCUCUUUUUUAUAAAUAACUAUGUUUACUCUGUUUUCAGACCAUGGUGCUUUCCUAACAACAACUAAUAAUAAUAAUAAUGAAAAAUAUAAUAAUAAAUAUGUAAGGGGAAUCCAAAAAAGUUGUUAAUUACUUUAGUACUAAAAACAAUGCCACAAUUUUUUUAAUGUAAUUUCUGAUGGGAAAAAUAAUCAUAUACAAAUCUUGGUGAGACUCUACGGAAGAGGAUGAGGGCAGGGUAGGAGAAAAAAAAUAAUGAGAAGAGGGAAAAAAAAUAGAGGAAAAAUAAUCAUUUGGCACUUUGAGAAAAAAGUCGAAAUGACGAGAAUAAAGUCAACUUUUUGAGUUCGGUUAAGUAGACAGCAAGCUACAACCUGAUUUUCCUCAAUACGUCUAAUAAAAAAUGUCUUAAAAAAUCACAAAUUACAUAAAAGCAGAUUUUACCAAAUCAAUAGUUGUACUAGCCUACUACUAAUAAUAUCUCAUUUAUGUGUAGGGGGAUUUUACUGCUACUACACCCUUAAAUAUUGUGGUUAUUGCUCAUUUUAUGAUAUUGAUGAAAAUCAAGUUGUAGCUUGCAGUCUACCUAACUGUUCGGUUGGAAGUUUCUCUAAAAACAAUGUUCCUCUGAUGACUUAUUGGGCCCCCCUGCACAGCUCCCCGGGUGCAGUAAUGUGCUGCCCACGGCUCCUUGCAUGGUGUGAAUUUCCCCAUUAUGGGAUUAAUAAAGUAAUCUUCUUCUUCUUAUUGACACAGGAACAACCAAUCUGUGAAUAUCUUUCUAACUUUACCAAACACAAAAAGUUAGAGAAAAAAAGUUCUCCCCAUUAUUUUUUUCCUCCUGUCUGUCCACAUCCUCUUCCGUAAAAUCCUGAUGUGGAUGCAUUUAAACAGUAUUUAGAUCAAAUUUUCCAUUAAAAUGAAUAAGGUUCCCACUUAUCUCUGGCUGAUUCUGAACUAUCGCUAUUCAAGGAAUCUGUUCUUUGUCUUAUUUGAAGUCUUGAAAAUCUAAUCACAUUUUCUUGGGCUUCUUCUAGUCUGCUUUUUAUUUAUUUUAUUUUUUUCCUGUGUAAAACUUUUAAUGACGGCAGGAUGUUUGCUGCUUUCCUGUUCUGUUCUGCUCCCUCGCCGUCACUCUGAUUGCAUCUGAUUCUCACUUUGAGUUGACUUGCAAACAUUUGAUCAUUUGUGGCUUACUCCACCCAGUUUUUUAGUAGUCUGCUGUUAAUCCAUCAAGUUGUAUUCAGUGCAAGGGUAUGGCAGAUAUUUUAUAACUUCUGUCUAAAUUGGUUUUAAUAUUUCCUAAGCACACUUAGUCAGAUACUCAUGACCUCACUCAUAAAGCUUAUUCAUUGCCCGUAAAACCUGAGGCUAUAACUGUACUUCUUAUAGCAGAGCAGCAAAAUAUUUAACAUUCAAUUCCUUCAUCACUUAUGUUGCACCAUUUCCCCUGCUUUUCAAUUUUGUGUUGCUGAAUUUCACCAUAAUUUCAUCUGGAGACGCUGAGAUGUCUGCAACGCUCCCACAUGGUUUCCAUCUGGCAGAAGGAAGAAUCUGUCUCAUGACGACGUAUUUAAUUUAGUCUUCCUGUCAAACCUCCCAAACAAAAAGAUAUCACAUAAGCUAACCGGUUGCAGCUCUUAAUUUUAGGAAUCUUUCUUAAUUUAUCUGUAAAGAAAAUCUGCUAAUUUUAGUGUCAGCCUUAUAGGCUUCCUAGUCACACAGAGGGCAUAAAUAUUAGCCACUGAAGACAUCGUAGCCAACACAUUGUAGCUGUUUAUACAUUAAUGUUGACACUCAGCAAGCCACAUGAUAGCACUGUGCUUCAUUGUCAAAUGAUGUCAUUGUUUCUAGUUCACCUGAAGCUAUGGUUGAGUUUGAGAACCUUGCAUGUGACAGUAGGCAGCAUAGAAAGGCUUUCAGUGACACAGAGGGAGCUGUGUGCGAGGGUCAGAGACUGUCUCAGGCAACUUUAGUGAUUUUACCACUGCUGCCAGUGACAAUUAAUCAUUAUUAUAUAUUUAAUGAAUCAUCAACAGAUACUAGACCUCAGGAUAAAAUACCUGUAUAAUUAUCCUCAUCCUGCACUCUGUAAAAAAAAAAAGAAGAGGGAAACUGUCUUUGCAUAGCCAGCUUCUGUCAAAAUGCACUGUAGGGCUGCAGCUAAUGAUCAUUGAUUUCACUAUUAAUACAAAUUAAGAUUAUUUUCUUGAUUAAUCCAUUAAUAAACAGAGCAAAACCCAAAUCUUUUCAGUUUAUAAAGAAACAAACAAAGAAGCCAAAAAGAGAAAGUUUGGUGUUUUUGCUAAAUAAGAAAACUUAAACUCCCCCUCUACUUGAAUGGAAU